CUUAUACUACCGACUACUGUUCAGAGGUCGAAGUUUGAUCUCAUGUCCUCAGACUUCUGGGCUGGCUACCUUAGUGGGGCCAUCGGGAUCAUCAUCGGAAAUCCUCUGGAUCUUAUUAAAGUUCGAUUACAAGCAAGUCGUGCUACAGAUGCAGCUGCAACAUUUCCGCACCGGCACUUGAGCCGCUUUGAGAGCACCAGCUCCCUCGUGCGAGGUGCUGCGGCUCCAAUUCUUGGAUAUGGGGCUCUAAACGCUAUACUUUUUGUUGCCUAUAACCGGUCAUUGAUGCUCUUGGACAGUUCUGUGAUAGAUCCCACAGACCCUCAAGGAAUUACACUGUAUAAAUUAUGGCUUGCUGGUGCUGCAGGCGGAGUGGCCAGCUGGACUGUGUCGUCUCCGACUGAGUUUAUCAAAUGCCGAACGCAACUUGACACACGCCCGGGAGUGUCUUCUUGGACCGUCACCAGAGAUAUUGUCAGGACCCUUGGCUGGAGGGGGCUUUAUUUCGGAGGAGCCAUAACCUGUGCUCGAGACUCUAUUGGCUAUGGAUUUUAUUUUUGGACUUAUGAGUAUUGUAAACGUCUGAUGGCCUCUAAGGACGACAAUGCACAGCAAGCGGCAAUGAAAGUACUCCUGUGCGGUGGUGUUGCUGGAGUAGCUACGUGGGCUUCAGUUUAUCCGCUGGACAUGAUCAAGACCAGAUUGCAGGCGCAGGGGCUCCCAUCACGCCCUGAAGACCAGCCUCUGGUGCAGUCUCGAAAUGAGAGACAGACGCUGAACAGUUUUCAGCUCGCUAGGGAGACAUAUCGGACAGAAGGGCUGAAGGCCUUCUAUCGUGGGUUAGGAAUAUGCAGUGUAAGGGCAUUCAUAGUAAAUGCUGUCCAGUGGGCAAGCUACGAGUGGCUCAUGAGAUAUCUCAACAACCCAUGGAAUCAGACACAUGCACAAGUUUCAUAAAUAGGGAUAUACUCCGGAGUAGAUCGUCUACAAAAAUUAAGUUAUGUCUAUGUAUUGCGACUUGUAAGUAAUACUCGCCCUAACUAAAUAGUGGCCGGUUAGAGUGGAGCUCAAUAUACGAAUAUCCGAGAAACGGCGAUUCCGAUCGGGUCACCGCAAGACGGAAUCAGCGUACUCGGUAAAUCGGGCGCCAAACUCUGGCGGUUUUCGGCGCAUGUGGUUUCACGUGUUUCAUGUGACCCUGCCAAUUUCUGAUUGGCUGAAAGGACUUGAGCUAUGCAACC